GGCAAGUCACAGUGUCCAGUUGUGUGUGCAAAAUUAUAUCUUCGUUUAUGCGAUUGUCUGAGUAAUUAUCUAAAAGUAAUAGUAAUAUUAAAUUUUUAGCAUAAAAUAACCAAGAGACUGAUAAUGAAUCAGUCACGUAAUUACACAUCUUUAUUGAAUCCAAGUUACUUACAAAAUGCUCAAAAUGCUUCGAGUGCAAAUGCAGCUGCGGCUGCCGCGGCCGCUGCUGCCGCGGCUGUUUCUGCUGCUAUUGCCAAUGGAACAGCAUUGAACAGUUCAUUAUCCUCCAAAAAGAGAGAAUCUGAAGAUGAUGUUAAAUCGGAGAAAGAAUCAAAAGAGGAGCGUCGUAAAAGGAGGAAGACGAGAUGGGGUGGUAGUGAACAUGAUAAAACUUUUAUUCCUGGGAUGCCUACUGUCCUACCCACAAACUUGACUGCCGAACAGGAACAAGCUUAUCUCUUUCAGCUGCAGAUUGAGGAAAUCAGCAGGAAACUAAGGACCGGAGAUCUGGGGAUUCCACUUAAUCCUGAGGAAAGAUCACCCUCACCUGAGCCUAUUUACAGUAGUGACGGUAAACGGUUGAAUACCAGAGAGUAUCGUACAAGACGUAAAUUGGAAGAAGAACGACAUAAUCUUAUUCAGAAGAUAUUAAAAAUAAAUCCUGACUUUAAGCCUCCGCCAGAUUACAAGCCUCCAAUAAUUCGUGUUCAUGAUAAAGUUAUGAUACCACAAGAAGAGCAUCCGGAUAUUAAUUUUGUAGGACUGCUUAUUGGACCGCGUGGAAACACUUUGAAAUCUAUGGAAAAAGAAACCGGUGCUAAAAUUAUUAUCCGAGGUAAAGGAUCCGUAAAAGAAGGCAAAGUUGGCAGAAAAGAUGGACAACCUCUGCCAGGUGAAGAUGAACCUUUGCAUGCAUAUAUUACUGCCAAUAAUUUGGAAGCUGUUAAAAAAGCAGUUGAACGAAUUCAUGAAAUAAUUAGACAGGGUGUUGAAGUACCCGAAGGACAAAAUGAUUUGAGACGUAAUCAAUUACGUGAAUUAGCAUUAUUAAAUGGAACUUUGCGUGAGAACGAUGGUCCACGCUGUACGAAUUGCGGAGCUUCCGAUCAUAAAUCAUGGCUGUGUCCUGAUAAACCAAAUGUUACAAAUAACAUCGUGUGUUCAAGUUGUGGUGGUGCUGGUCAUAUUGCACGUGAUUGUCGAUCGAAGCGUCCAGGUCAAGGUGGACCAGCAGCCGCAGGAAUGACCGGAAUGGGUCCAGCUGGAGACAAAGCCAAGAUCGAUGAAGAAUAUAUGUCGCUUAUGGCUGAAUUAGGUGAAGGUCCACCACCAGAUCGGUCUAAAUCAACACCACGGACUAAUGCGACCGCGAAUCCCAAUUAUCCGGGAUUAUUCGAUCGUCAACAAACACCAAGAGCUCUGAUGGCGUCACCAGCGCAUCCACCACCGCAAAUGAUGCAAGGUGGGCCACCACCGAUGAUGCCACCGCCUGGUAUGGCUCCACCACCUUGGACUCCUCAAGGCGAUCCUAACGGAAUGAACGGAAUGAACAUGCAAUGGCAACAACAGCCAGUCAGUAUGCCUCCGCCGCCAGGUGUUAUGCAGCCACCACCUCCACCACCAGGAUCUGCGCCAACUCAGACUAAUAUUCCACCACUGAUGCCAUGGAUGGCUGGGAACAAUCAGCCUCCUCCACCGGGACAAAUGCCUCCAACGCAAAUGCCACCACCGGGUAUGGGAAUCCCGCCUUGGCAGCAAGCUCAGCAAGCAGCCAUGAGACCACCACCUCCAGGCACUGCUCCUCCUCCUGGUUAUCCAGGUUGGCAACAGCCUCCCAUGGGUAGUUGGCCUCCGGCUGCACCCGUCCCACCACCACCGCAGCCGCAACAAAACCCCGCGCCUCCUGGCAUCGAUUUUAAUUCAUUACCAACUCUUUUGGCUCAGCCACCACCACCUCCACCGCCAACUAGUUAGUCGAGGGAAUUUUAAUAAAUUAAAUAAUUGUAGAUUUUCACAAUUUUAUUAUUGAAUUAAUAAAAUUGAAUUAAAAUUAUAGAAUGAACUAAUUUUUGUGUAUUCGUUAAAUCGAAAUGUGUUUUCAAAAGUUAUAAAUUUUCAAUCAUUGGCAAAUUUAAUUAUUUUCUUUAAAUAUUAUUAUAAACGAUCAAUAAUGUACUACACAUUUUAUUUUAUCUAUUGCACGCAAUUAUCUUUUAUCGCAAUUACUUUAAUUUUGUUAUAAGCUAGAAUACAUAUUAAUUAUAUAAUUACUAUUAUUUCAUAUUGGCAUGUAUGACUAUAUUUUAGUUAUAUAUUUCUACAUUAAUACGAAACUUUUAUUAAUCGUCAUGUGUACUGUGAGAAUUAUACACAAUAAAAUCUCUUGAUUCGUUUUCACAUAAAA